AUGCUCUUCAUCCCACAUGAUUCAACUGUAGUUGAACAUGUUUUCAAAUUAGUUGAACAGUUCGAUGAGAGCGGUAAGUAUCCAGAGAUACUUGAAAAUGAAGCCUUGGAAAUAUUAGAAUGUGUUCUAGAUUUAGGAAUUUAUUCCUUAUUAGAGCAUAUACUGCCUUUAAUUUCACAAAACCUCAAAGAUGUACCAGAAAAUGUUAUAUACAAAAUCCCUGUAUACAUUAUACCAAAAUUAGUUGAAGAAAUUCCGUUGGCCAGAUUAGAUCCAGACUUAGUUAUCAGAUAUUUCGGAUAUGAAGUACUUCUAUCUAAAGUACAACUAUUAUAUCACACACUCAACUUAUUAAAUCCGUUUUUUGAUAUAUAUGAUUACAAUGAAACGAAUCCAUUAGCGAAAUUAGCCAAUAAUCUCAUUAGAAUAUCACCGAGAUUCUCACAAUCAGACUUUGUACGCAACAACUGCACUAUUAUCGAGUCAAAGAAUUACGAUUUUUACGUUAAUUUUCCAAAACUUAAAGUUUUAUAUUUACACAGUGUAGAUGUUGGCGAUUCAAUUGAGCCAUUCUUAAAUCCAUCGAUAAUCAAGCUUUCUAUCGUCAAAUGCCACUUAAAACCAUUACAUGUUGAACAAUUAAUCAGAUACAUCCCUUAUUCGAAGGUAGAAUACAUUUCUUUACGCGACAACAGGAUCGGUGCCAAAGGCUGUAGCAUGCUAUCCGAUUUUAUUAAGAAUCAGGGACUUUUUAACCUCCGUUAUUUAGAUAUCGGACUAAACUCAAUAGGUGGCACCGGAAUCCACCAAAUGAUCGAAGUAAUAUGCAAAUCACCACUCAAAGCCAUUGCUUUCGAUGGAAAUUUCUUUGCUCCGUGUGCAAAUGAAAUUUCACACAUUCCUUUAGUGAUUUGUCCCUAUAUUUCGAUCAGAGCACUUCAUUGGGAUGAUGCGACAGUCUCAAAUAUUCAAUUGGCCAUGCAAGAACCAUACACGAGAUGGUGGGAUUUGUCCGCCCAAGUCAUCCACAAAAAUUCUGAUCCAGAUUUAUCAGGAAAAAUGGCCGAACAGCUGUUUACGAAGAUGGCACCGGAAAUAGAGCAUCUUAUAUUUGCAAACCAUCAUUUGACCAAUAUGAAUUUGUCUUGUUUCAUGGAAAUGAAACUAAAAACAUUGGUUUUGGCAAAUUCUGGUUUGGAUUAUCCUUCUUUACAAAAAGUGACAUAUAUCGUUUUGAAAUUAGAAUAUUUUGACAUUUCUUAUAACCAGAUGACCUUCACAUCCCCAUCAUUUCUCAUCCAAUGUGCUGAAUCGAAGACCCUUAAAUUCCUUUCUUUGACAAACAAUACAAUUCCUGAUACUUUUGGUGAAAUGUUUUUCAUCAAUUUAAGUCAAAGUCAGAGCCAAAUUAAAACACUCAGAAUAUCAGAAUGCGGGCUCUCGAAACGCUCUACCUAUGGCUUAAUCACUUUGCUGUCUGCUGGUAACAUGGAGUUCGAUGAACUCGAUGUUUCUGUGAACCAAAUGUUUCAUAACACAAAAGAUGAAAUUUUGGCAAGUGGUCAGACAAAAGUGACAAAAUUUAUGAUCGGAGGAAAUUUGACAGAUAACCAUUCUAAGCAUUUAGUUGAAACUAUCAAAGCAUGCAAAGAUAUUCAGUAUUUGGAUGCUGAUUAUAUCAAUUUUAAUUUGGUCAGAGAAAUUUCGGAUUAUUUACCAAAUUUGUUUACUUUGAGAACAAGUUAUGUAAAGAUACAGGACAUAAAAGUUGUUAUAGAUGUUCUCAGGAAGACAAAAACAAGAGUUUUGUACGCUCAAAAUAGUUUUAAGACAAAAACUUUUUCAUUGUUGAUGCAAUCGUGGUCUGAAGUUCCAAUGCUUCUUGAAAUUCAUGUGGAAUCAAGACUUAAAGAUAAUAUGUCCAAACAAUUCAAUAUUGUGUUUGAAGAUCUUAAAUAA